AUGGCUAGCGAUAGUCCCGCCAACUGUCCUAGAAUACAUGGGGGGAAGGCGCGAUGUUCAAAAAGCACGUUCAGUACGAUUCAACAACAGAAACAACAACAUCAACACAAAAUAAAUAUUGUUACAUGGAAUGUUACAUCACUCACUGGUAAAGAAAUGGAACUAGCUGAAGAAGCACAAAAAUACAAACUAGAUAUACUUGGCAUCUCAUCAACAAAAAGAAAAGGUAAAGGAUCAUUAAUAUUAAACAAUGGAUGGCAAUUAUAUUAUUCUGGCGUCGACUCAACAAUUUAUGCUCAAGCGGGAGUUGCAAUACUCAUACAUCCUCGUUUAAUCGACUCAAUUCUAGAAUGGAAACCAAUCAACGAAAGGGUAGCUCUUUUAAGACUUCAACUAAAGAAGACUACCAUAACGGUUAUUCAAAUAUAUGCACCAAACAACGAAGCAGACUAUCCAGAAUUCCUCGAUAUCGUUGCUACAACUAUGGAAAACGUACCGGUAUCAGAUUCUAUAUUACUCAUUGGUGAUUUCAACGCACACGUAGGAAAUGAUUCACAAACAUGGAAUGGUAUAAUUGGACCAAAUGGUGACAAAGAUCUGAACAAUCAAGGUCGACUGUUAUUGGAUUUUUGUGCAAUUAGUGGUUUAUCAAUAAUGAAUACUUUCUUCAAACACAAAGAUAUCCAUAAAUAUACAUGGUACAAAACAGGUGGUCAAACUACUCAGCGAUCUUUGAUCGACUUCAUCAUAACAUCGGAUAAUAUCAAACGAACAGUAAUGGACGUACGGGUCAAACGUGGUGCUGAGUUGUCAACUGAUCAUCAUCUGGUUAUCUGUGUUCUACAACUAGCGUCAAACGCUCCUAAACAAACCGCUAAACCAAAGAAAUUGUUCAGAAUAAAAUGGGAAGCACUAACUGAUGCAGAAAUCAGUCAAAAAUUCGCCAAAAUGGUGGGUCAAGGUUACUCACAAUUACCAUUAAAUGAAGGGGAUAUGGAAUCAGAAUGGCUCUUAUUUCGCAAGACGAUAAUAGAUGCAGCAGCUGAAACAUGUGGUCUUAAACGUAUUGGCUUGGUGAAUGGACAAAAGAAAACAGCAUGGUGGACAGAAGAAAUUCGCAAGAUUAUUAACAAGAAGAAAACAGCAUAUCGUAAUUGGUUACAACAACAAACAUCGGAAAAUUGGCACAACUACAAACAAAUCAGAGACAAUGCAAAGAAAAUGGUGAGGGAAGCAAAAGCAAAGUCCUGGGAAAACUUCGGACAUCAAAUGGAAUCAAAUUACCACACGGCGACAAAGGUGUUCUGGCAAACUAUUCGACGACUACAUAAAGGUGGAUUGAAACAAACACGGUCGGUGAAGGAUGCAAAUGGCGAACUUAUAACAAAAGAGGAAAACAUUCUCAAACGUUGGAAAGAAUACUUUGCAGAAUUAUACAAUCCUUCCAGUGGACAUAACAAUAAUGUAAAUGAAAAAGUAUCUGGUGGGUCAAAUGACAUUACUAUGGCUGAAGUCGCAUCCGCAAUUAAAUCGUUAAAAUCUGGUAAAGCGGCCGGAAUAGAUGAAAUUCGACCAGAAAUGCUCAAGACACUUAAUGAUGAUGGAAUACGUUGGCUUACUCGAAUAUGUGGUAUAGUCUGGAGAACUGGCAAGGCCCCAACUGAUUGGCAAACUGGUAUUGUCAUUCCGAUUUUCAAAAAAGGUGAUCAAAGGGAAUGUUCUAACUAUAGGGGAAUCACUCUAUUGAGCCUUCCUGGUAAAGUCUUCGCUAGAGUACUCGAACGAAGAUGUCGACAAAUCGUCGAACCUCAACUUCAAGAAAAUCAGUGCGGUUUCCGUGCUGGAAGAAGCACAAUUGAUCAAAUUUUUACAUUACAACAAAUAAUUGAAAAAUCAUGGGAAUUUGCCAAACCAGUCUAUUCACUAUUCAUAGAUUUGGGAAAAGCCUACGACCGAAUACCACGUGAUCUGCUUUGGAACGUAUUAAAAGAAUAUGGAAUUCAAGACCAUUUAUUAUCAGCAAUCCAAUCAUUAUACAAAAACUGCCAAAGCUGCGUCCGAAUAAAUGGAAGCAAAUCAGACUAUUUUCAAGUACAAGUUGGCCUACGGCAAGGAUGCGUAUUAUCUCCGUUAUUAUUCAUCGUAUUUAUGGACAAAAUAUCUAGAACAAGCACCAAUCCAACUUGUAUGGAAAUUGGUAAUACCAAGGUAGAUUCACUAUUAUUUGCUGACGACAUAGCUCGCUUAGCGACAUCAGAGGAUAGUUUACAAAUGGCCCUCAAUCAAUUUGACAAGGUAUGCUCGGACUUCGGAAUGAAAAUUAGCGAAAAGAAAACUGAAUUAAUGGCGAUUUCAAGAGAAGACAAACAAUUAAAUCUCUACUUGAAUAACAAUUCAUUGAAUCAGGUGAACAAGUUCAAAUAUUUAGGUGUACAAUUCUCAAGCGACGGAAAACAAGAUGGCGAAAUAGAUCGAAGAAUUGGUGCAGCAAGCGGUUUUCUACGCUCUCUCUAUCGCUCAGUCGUGACAAAAACAGAACUGAACAAAAAGACAAAAAUGGCUAUAUUCAAGUCGGUGUAUCGACCUACCCUCAUAUAUGGACACGAACAAUGGGUAUUAACAGAAAAAUCGCGCUCUCGAAUUCAAUCAGCUGAAAUGAGAUUUCUGCGUAGAGUUGCUGGUUUAACACUACGAGACAAAAUUCGUAGUUCAGAUAUACGAGAAUCUCUUCAAAUAGAACCUCUGCUUUUGCAUAUUGAACGAUCUCAACUGAGAUGGCUUGGACAUAUUAUCAGAAUGCCACACAAUCGACUGCCGUACCAAAUAUUUAAUGUCACACUAUCAGGAAAGCGACCAAUCGGACGACCAAGAACAAGUUGGCGAAAAUAUAUAGAAAAACUCUGUCUGGAGCGUUUAAACCUCCAAUGGCUCAAAGUACAACAAGUAGCAAAGGAUCGAAACUAA